AUUUCCGACGCGUCAGCGCGCGAUUUAUAAACUAAUGUUAAUUUCAUGAAACCGACAUAACUUCGAAACGACAAUAUGGCAAAGGCAACGAGCGUUUGUUCUCGACGUAAACUUGUAAUUUUUGCCAGCGAAUUAGCCAGCGCAAUUGGACGGCAUAGAUAUCAAUCCAGAGAAGAAACAUUUCAGCGAGUCUGGCUUCGAUCGCAUGAGCAAUCAUUCGUUUUUGCGAAUGCUUUGAGGUUUCAAAGCGACGUUCGUCCAAUCUUGGCAGUUUCUGAAGAAUUGUUGAUUCAGUUUCCAUCUUUGGAAAAAGAAGACGACCCCGUCGAUUUUGCUUCCGCUGUUAGAAGGGUAAUCUGCGACAUUUCUUUCAGAAGAUUGUACGGGCAAAUUCUGAAUUUUCUGAAAGCAAAGUUGUUGAAGAACGAGAAAGAAGAACAAAUCCUCGAGUCAGCAAAAGUGAUCAAACGUGUUACAACCGAGGUGAAGACACUUUGUGAGAACGAAAAAAAACUCGUGGAAUCUGCCGUGAAAGAGAUUUGUGACAAACAAGGGAUCAACACGAAGGAAGUUGUCAAAGCAGUGGAGUCCAAAAUUACCAAGGAUCGCGGAACAAAAUUGGAGGAAAAAGCUGUGCAAGAUUUUGAGAAAGUGAAAGGGAUCGAGAUCGAACGUCCGAUCGCACCUCAUCUGUUCUACCAGGAUAUGGAGUACAACGGAUUACAGUGGAGUGUAUGCGGUAAAGUGGAUGCCGAGACAGAAGAUAGCGUUAUUGAAGUUAAAAACAGAAGAAACCGAUUUAUGUGCCCAGAGUAUGAUUACAUACAGCUUCAAACAUACCUAUUCUUAAGGGGUAAGUCUAAGGGUGUCUUACUGGAGAGAUUGAAAGGUGAAAACAAAGAAACCUGCUUUGAAUUUGAUCAUGAGCACUGGGAAGAAGUGACCAUUGACUUGGCUGAGUUUGUUGCUGAAUUGUCACAUGCCAUGAACAUGAGUAAACAGGCCUUGUAUGGGUAUACAUCACCAAAGAAACGAGGGCAUGAUCAAGUGGCUGUGGUUAACGAACAAGCUUGUAACCAGGACACAGAUGAGGGGCAAGUGAAGAAGACUGCUGUGGAAAAAGUGGAAGAGACUACCACAGUUAUCGAAAUACAGGAUAAUAAUGAAUAGAGACAUUUGAGAAAACAGACCUCCCUCCUUAUAACAAAUUUCUAAGUCAUCUGAGUAAAAGUUGAACUGUGUUACAUAGUGUACCACAUCCAAAGAACCUACUUCAUCAUCUCAAUUUUACACACUCUGGCUUCUGCUCAAUAGGGCACUUUCCUUAGAGUGUGAUUCACCUGAUGACUGGGUAAAAGUAAAAUUGAGUGUCAUUAUUAUAGGUUAUAUAAUAGAUUCCAGUAGGAUUUUUUUUGGUUGUGAUUGACCAGCCUUUCUUCAUAAUAAAAAAAAAAAUUAAAUCCAUACUGAUAGAAUUGGUGCAUACCUAAGGAUAAAAAGAUCCUAUUAGGAAUUUCUGCCAAGAAUAAGUUGUUAUCAUUUAAAUCCAUCAGCUAGCAUCAUGGAUAAACUCUAUUGCAAAUCUGCUAGCUUAAGACUUUUUGGUAUUUUUUUUCACUAAAAAUAAAAAAUAAAAAUAAAACAUCUUUCACUUCUGAACAUAAUUUUAUGAAUUUUACAAUUUUUGCGUGGAAAAUUACUCAAAUUAAUGAGAAAUCACAAUGUCAAUGAGAAUAGUUAUUUAUUUCCAGACUCCACUUACACUGCAGAGAUACAUUAGAUGUUUUAACUUAUUGUUAAAUAGAGACUACAACAUCACAAAGUCAUUACAUCAUAAAGUAAAAGCUAUUUAUUGUUAAGAUUUACAUGUAGGACAAUUUAUGUGUAAUGUAUUUAAUUGAGAAUUGAAAUAUAAUUUUCUAGAUAUUCAGUUAUAAUCUACAGAAAAAUGUGUUGCAAGAACUAAAUCUUAAAAAAAUAAUCUUGUCUUUAAUUAAAUAAAAUCACUUGUAGCCUUGUAGUUUACAAUUUGAUCAGCAUGUACCAAUUUUGUAUUAGUAGUGUAUAGUUACUCAUAUGUUCUAAAGAAAAAAUUCUUUAGUAGGAGGGAAUGCCAAUCUACUAAAUAUUUUUCCAAUAA